CCGGAGCGGUUGGGAUUUGAAUCUCCGGCGGGCUGCGGCCGGAAGGAUCGACCCCUCAGCCCGGCAUGGAGAGGUCGGGCGCCAGCGGACGGUGCCCAGUGCAAGAGCAGCGUGCCCGUUGGGAGCGGAAACGCGCCUGCACUGCCCGGGAGCUGCUGGAGACCGAGCGGCGCUACCAGGAACAGCUGGGGCUGGUGGCCACGUAUUUCGUGGGGAUUCUGAGAGCCACAGGCACCCUGCGACCAGCAGAGCGCCAGGCCCUGUUUGGGCCCUGGGAACUCAUAUACGGCGCCAGCCAAGAGCUGCUUCCCUACCUCGAAGGAGGGCACUGGGGGCAGGGGCUGGAAAGCUUCUGCCCCCACCUGGAGCUCUACACUCAAUUUGCUGCCAACGCAGAGGUGUCCCGGACCACCCUGCAGGAGCAACUAAAGAAAAACAAACGUUUCCGGAGGUUUGUGCGACUUCAGGAAGGCCGCACUGAGUUUGGAAGCCUUCGUCUUCAGGAUCUGCUCCCUCUGCCUCUGCAGAGGCUCCAGCAAUAUGAGAAUCUUGUCAUGGCUUUGGCUGAAAACACAGGUCCCAACAGCUCUGACCACCAACAGCUCACACGGGCUGCCCGGCUGAUAAGUGAGACCGCCCAGAGAGUCCACAGCAUUGGUCAGAAACAGAAGAAUGACCAGCACCUCCGGCGUGUUCAGGGUUUGCUCAGUGGCCGCCAGGCAAAGGGGCUUACCUCAGGUCGCUGGUUCCUACGCCAGGGCUGGCUAUUGGUAGUGCCUCCCCAUGGGGAGCCUCGGCCCCGAAUGUUCUUCCUCUUCUCCGAUGUGCUCCUCAUGGCCAAACCUCGACCCCCACUGCACCUGCUGCAGAGUGGCACCUUUGCCUGCCGUGCCCUCUACCCCAUGGCCCAGUGUCAACUCCACAGGGUCUUUGGCCACUCAGGAGGCCCUUGUGGUGGACUGCUCAGCCUGUCCUUUCCCCAUGAGAAGCUACUGCUUAUGUGCACAGACCAGGAGGAGCUGUUGCGCUGGCACCACAGUUUGACUCUGGCCAUCAGCAGCCAGAAGAACUAGAAGAAUCUUAAAAUUCCAGAACCCAGGAUACCUGAGGGAUAGGUCAAAGUCAGCAGUACAGAG